GCAAAACAUAAGGAAGAACUCGUAGCAGGCGCGCUAAAAGUUUGAGGUUUUGACUUUAAAAUGUCGUCUUGUUGUGUUUUUGGCUGCCAGAAUAGAAGGAACAGCACUUUUGGUUCAAAACUAAAGUUUUACCGGAUCCCGGCAGACAUUCCUUCACAGAAAUCAAGACGACAAUUGUGGUUGAAUGCAAUACGGCGUACGGACUGGACGGAGACGAUCAUAAAUAAUGCUCGUGUUUGCAGUGCACACUUCAUAUCAGGUGCCAAAUCUGAUGACCCGUCGUCACCUGAUUGGGUACCAUCCGUCUUUUUGCAAACAACAGCCACCAAAAAGAGGAAAAGGAAAAAAGAUGUGGAGAAGUAUGAACAGAGCAAGAGGGAAGAGGAGAUAAAGGAACAGGCUGCAGUGGCUGUUUUACUAAAACUGUCAUCAGUGCCAGCAAAACCUCCUGAGGAUGAGCAAAAGUGUGACGGCAAAGUGUGCAAGGAAAAGAUUGCAAGAUUACAGAAGGAGUGCAAUGACCUCAGGGAGGAAAAUUGUAGGCUAAAGGCCAUUUUGAAAUCUGGAACAUUUCAUGAACUUGCUUUAGGAAAAGACGAUAAGAAGGUCAAGGCGAUGACUUAAAGCCACAUUCCCCACUUAUCAGUACAGAACAUUCUUCCUUCCUAUAUAGCAAUGGUUGUUUACUCUGUAAAUAACACUCCCCUUUGACUAUUCAGUUGUAUUUUAAGGUCUCAAUUCCAACAGCAAACAAUGCAUUAGAAGCACCAAUUCAAGGAUUGUGUUCUGACCAAACCACGAUCUUCAGCCAUGAAUGCCUGUGAUAUUUAUAUACAGGCCUUUGGUAAAUGUAGACUGCUGUGAGAUUUAUUGGAAAGCCUAGAGACUUAAGAGCAAGAGCACAGACAUACAUCAUCAUCAUCAUCAUACCAAAAGAAACAAUUAUAAAAAGGGAUGGGGUGCAAGGCAAACUUUCCAUCCAUUCUUCCAAACAUUUCUGCACUUUAGUAAUCUUCCACAUGCUGUAGUUUACCUACAUCUGAUAUGUUUGUAAUGUCUCUCCAUCCUACCUGUAUUGUUUAAUUAUAUUAAUUAUAAUUACUAGCCAGUGAUAACAGUAAUUGUUAUAUAAUAAAGUAAUAAGAAAGAUAAUUAAGUAAACAAAUAACCAUUCAUGAGAUAUCCGUUAUAGUCUAUGUGUACUGACACUUUUGUUUUUGUGUGUGUUAUAGCUUGUCCAAAUACAGUAUCUCACACGAUGUACUAUAGUCUGUAUGGAUGUAUUAAGUACCUCAUCAGACGUUUUGUAGAUUGGAGGUUCUGAACUAAUAAGAGGAUGCACAAAAUAUACAUUAUACAGCUACACACAAAUAAGAAAAAAAUAGUUUUGAGAAAUCUGUCUACAAAUGCUUAGGAUCAAAAGACCAACAGUUCAUUAAAGGGGUCAUAUGAUGAAAAUGUUAGCAUUGCCACUUUGUAGGUUUGAGCAAAAAUGUGUCGUUUUGGGUGUGUUUUUUAAAAUGCAAAUGAGUGGAUGAAGUGCAAACACUGAUCACGAUGAUGGUGGUUUGUUGUAAUUGAAACUCUAUUGUGCUGUCAAGUCCAAAAAUGUGUCGUUUUGGGUGUGUUUUAUUAAAAUGCAAAUGAGCGGAUGAAGUGCAACCACUGAUCACAAUGAUGGUGGUUUGUUGUAAUUCAAACUCAAUUGUGCUGUCA